AAACUGACAUGUAAUAAAAAGAAUAUUACGUUAAUGUCUUUCCACAUUAAAUUUAUUAAACUCGUUGAAUAAAAAUGAUAAAACGCUCGGCGGAGCCUCGCACUUUAUUCUUUUACUCAACUCUUUACUAACUUCUCUAUUUAUAUCAUUUAAAUCUUUUUGAUAUUUUCGCAGUGACAAAUAUCAAAAAUACUUUUUAUUGGCAGUGAAAUGCGCUUGAAUAUGGAAUAAUAUGACUGACAGAUAUACGGACAUUUCUGUCCGAAAUAUAUUACAAAUUCUAACACGACCAGCAAAUAACCUACAAACAUGAAGAGCAAAAUCUUUCUCGGGUUAUUCGGCAAUAACCAUGCGCGUGCAGUGACGUCAUCCGAUCCAGGCGUUCUGAUUAAAACAGAGGACGGCGGAAAGAUUCGUAGAAAUCAUAUAAAGAUAAAAAUAAAAGUUUUGGAAACCUUCAAAUCACAGGCUGGCGAACGAAAGGUGAUAGAGAAAUUCUUGUUUACAAAUAAAGGUGGUUCUUUGUGCGGCGUGAAGUUGAAGGCAGACACUUAUUACAUUGUCACAGGGUAUUACGCCGAUAUCCUAAAAGCAAAAGGUAAGAAGAAAAAGACAAGGAUGGUGACAGGAUCCUGCGACUACAUAAAAGAAAUCAAGGAUAUGUCUCCUCCUACCUGCACUGCAGAAAAAAUUAAACUUGUAUUUUAAAACUUUUACGCACAUACACGAAUUAACGCAACUUGAAUGACAUUUCAAUCGAGUGUUUACGAAGAUCUUAUAUCUAUAUAUAUAUAUAUAUAUAUAUAUAUAUGUUCCCCUGGAAAUACCAGUAUUGCAUGCAAUAAUUGAAAAUACAAUAUAACAUCAUGCAUAAGAAGUAGCUUUAAUAAGAUAUAAAAGGGUAUUAAAUGGCAUAUUUUGCAAAUUAAUAAUUAUUAUGUAAUAAGUAUUGAAUAAAGAGCGAUUAAAUUCCAA